UAAUGCAUGAUUGAAGGUCUUUUCUUUUACCAAUCAUCUUUUGCGUUCAUCUAGAUUUGCCUAAUGUGGCUCUUAGCUUUUAUAUAUUCUUUUCUUUGCUGAACCAGUGGCACGCAUAUUAGUUCUCUUUACUCUUCACAUUACCAAACCUCUCUGAUUGAAGGUCUUUUCUUUUACCAAUCAUCUUUUGCGUUCAUCUAGAUUUGCCUAAUGUGGCUCUUAGCUUUUAUAUAUUCUUUUCUUUGCUGAACCAGUGGCACGCAUAUUAGUUCUCUUUACUCUUCACAUUACCAAACCUCUCUGAUUUUGGGUGUAACUAAGUGGCUUGCAGUACUAUGAGAAGCGUAAGCAAUUGUGUUGGUUAGCUUCUGAUGUGAAUAUUACAUGCAACAAAAACAAAACCAGUUGAAGAUUGGUUGUGCUUAAUUUUUCAAACUUCAAACUACUCCUACCAGCUUUUUACUUGAUUGCUUUCAUAAAAAAAAAAUUUUAAAAAAAAAGAAAGAAAGAAAAGCUGAUUUUGGCAUCUGGGCUCCUAGUCUUUUGAACUUUCAAUUCAAUGGAAAAGAGAGCGGAGGUUGUUUUGUGCUGUGUAGCUUUGUUAUGCUUAUGGAGCUCAGCAACUGGUUUGCUUUCUUCCAAAGGUGUCAACUAUGAAGUGCAAGCUUUGAUAAGCAUUCAAGCUCUUCUGACUGAUCCUCAUAAUGUUCUUGAGAAUUGGGAUGAGAAUGCCGUGGAUCCAUGUAGCUGGGCUAUGAUCACUUGUUCUGCUGAUGGUUUUGUCAUUAGCCUAGGAAUUCCAAGCGGGAACUUUUCCGGUUCUCUGUCACCAAGCAUCAGCAACUUGACCAAUCUCCAGACUGUCCUUCUGCAGAAUAACAAUAUAUCAGGACCAAUUCCCUCUGAGCUUGGGAGACUCCAAAAGCUUCGGACACUUGAUCUUUCAGCUAACAGUUUCACCGGACAACUUCCCAGUACUCUAUCCCACCUGAAAAGCCUCCAAUACAUGCGGCUAAACAAUAAUAGUCUGUCCGGACCAAUUCCUUCAGCUCUAGCUACCAUGACCCAGCUUACUUUUCUGGAUCUGUCUUACAACAAUUUAAGUGGUCCUGUACCAAGGUUUCAAAAUAAGACAUUCAAUGUUAUUGGAAACCCUUCGAUAUGCGCCACCGGAAGAGAAAAUGAUUGUUUUGGAACGACAACACUAUUAUCUAAUUUUGCCUUGAACAAUUCACAAAGUUCUCAACCUUCUGGAACAACUAAGAGCCACAAAAUUGCCUUAGCCUUUGGUUCAAGCCUAGGUUGUAUCUGCCUAUUAAUUCUUGGGUUUGGUUUCCUUCUUUGGUGGAGGCAGAGACACAACAAGCAAAUAUUCUUCGAUGUUAAUGAACAACAUCAUGAAGAACUUUGCCUUGGAAACUUAAAGAAAUUUCAGUUUAGAGAACUACAAAUUGCUACAAACAAUUUCAGCAGCAAGAACCUGAUUGGAAAGGGCGGCUUCGGUAAUGUCUAUAAAGGUUAUCUUCAUGAUGGUACACUAGUAGCUGUGAAGAGACUCAAAGAUGGAAAUGCCAUUGGGGGUGAGAUCCAAUUUCAAACAGAAGUUGAGAUGAUCAGUCUAGCAGUGCACCGAAAUCUCCUCCGUCUUUAUGGAUUUUGUAUGACAAGCACAGAGAGGCUUUUGGUUUACCCUUACAUGUCAAAUGGGAGUGUUGCUUCCCGUCUCAAAGCAAAACCAGCCUUGGAUUGGGGUACAAGGAAAAGAAUUGCCUUGGGAGCUGCAAGGGGAUUAUUAUACUUACAUGAGCAGUGUGAUCCCAAGAUAAUUCACAGGGAUGUGAAAGCUGCAAAUAUAUUGCUUGACGACUACUGUGAGGCAGUGGUAGGAGAUUUUGGACUGGCAAAGCUGUUGGAUCACCGUGAUUCACAUGUGACUACAGCGGUGAGAGGCACCGUGGGGCACAUAGCUCCUGAGUAUCUCUCAACAGGCCAGUCCUCUGAGAAAACAGAUGUUUUUGGUUUUGGGAUCCUUCUACUUGAACUAAUAUCUGGGCUAAGGGCUCUAGAGUUUGGGAAAGCUGCAAACCAAAAAGGAGCCAUGCUUGACUGGGUGAGGAAAAUUCAUCAGGAAAAGAAGCUUGAUAUGCUAGUUGACAAGGACUUGAAAAACAACUAUGAUCGGAUAGAGCUCGAAGAAAUGGUUCGAGUAGCUUUGAUAUGUACUCAAUACCUUCCAAGUCACAGGCCAAAGAUGUCUGAAGUGGUCCGAAUGCUCGAAGGAGAUGGGCUUGCUGAGAAAUGGGAGGCUUCUCAAAGAGCUGAAUCAACCAGGUCCAGAGCCAAUGAAUUCUCCUCUUCAGAGAGAUACUCAGAUCUUACUGACGACUCUUCUUUGCUUGCCCAAGCAAUGGAGCUCUCUGGACCCAGGUGACAAGGUUGUGAAAAUGGAAACGAAGUUAAAAUUAUGAAAGGAAAAAUCAGUAAUACAAUCAGAUUACAAGAAUCUGAGUCCAAAAUCCCAGUUGAACUGAGUUUGUUGUAUAUUAGAAUCAUAUUGAAGCCCCAAAGAUUUGUGUUAAUUUAUGACUGUACAGACUCUGAUUUAAGAAAUAGGCGUUUGGGUGAGUGUUACAUGUGCUUUGGUUUCUGCUGAGUGAAGAAAUUUUUUCAGAUAAAUGUCAUACUAAGAGUCCUGAAGUUGUAAGAAUAAUCUUCUUGGGAUGAGCUUCGUUUGUUUUAAUAGCAUGUUGAAUCGGGAAAGAGAUUCAUUACUCUGUUAA